AUGUCAGCACAUGGGACUAAAGAAACACCCCACAAAAUUAUCAAGGUACUGAACGAGUUCGGUAGAUCUCCUCUACAUGGCACAGUACUUGCCGACCCAAAGUCGCUAAAUGCCAGCCCUGAGAUAGUGUUGGCGAUGGCUCUAGACGCUCUGAUCAAAGCAAGGCCAAUCUCUCACGAGUUGACACAAAAAACGAUCAAAAAGCUAAUCGAAGCCGGGUAUCAUGACAUCGACGUACUUUCCCAGACCACGUGGGAAGAUCGAACAAUGGUUUUGCUAGAAGGGGGUUACAACCGGUAUCGAGAGCAGGGGGCUACCAAUCUUGGUGAGCUCGCGAAGCUGGUUGUUGAUAGAUACGAUGGAGAUUUGAACAAUCUCCUCAAGCUGGCAGAUGGAAAACCUCACAAAGUCAGGAUAUUGAUGAAGGAGAUCAGGGGGAUGGGGGACUUGGGAGUGGAGGUAUUCUUCAACAACGUUCAAGGCAUAUGGCCAAGCAUUGCUCCUUCUGUCGAUUCACGGAGCUUGAAGACCGCAGAGGAGAUCGGAAUUGGGACUGAUUUGGAUGAAAUGUACAAUGCGCUACAGCAGGACCCAAUGCGCAUGAGUUGCUUCGCUAAUGGCCUCUCUGAGGUUCGGCUAGAGAAAAGACAGGAAGUGAUUGGGGAAGUUUAA